AGUUCCUUCACUUCUGUCAUCCCUGACAACCGAGUAAUCAAAGUGAAUGGGGUUACUAGACCAGAUUGAGCAAAAGUUGGUGUAGGAAUAACAGCGAUGGUCAUCGCUUGAUUCGUUUUUUUGAUUGGAUUUUUAAAGCAGAAUGGAUAUAACAGAAAUCUGAAAUGAAAAGGCCCGUAUUUGUUAUCUUAAACCUAUUUAGCCGUAGAUAUUUUGCUGGGAGAAAUCUGAAUGCGCCUGCAACUAAAUAAAAAACAAAAACAUGUUAGCGUUAAGCUAGCUAGUGCUAACCUCGGACUAGCAUGUGUGGAAUAAGAGACGCAAGGACGCAAUGAUGACAAACCUGCUGUAAACCCACGGGCUAUGAGCUCAUUUGAGUCUCAAAACAACUUAACUUCACAUACGAAGAGUAUAUUUAUAUUUUAUCGACCGCUGGGAAACUUCGAAGCUGGCCCGUAAACGCACCAAGAGGCAAUGUCACGGGAUGGAUGGUUAUGAGAUUUAGCAGCCACACAGGAGAACCAUGGAACAGGUUGAGCAACCUACCUCAGAAACAAAAUGCGACGGUCCAGUAGACGUUGCAGCAUCCCAGGAGCCCCUUGUGUUCACAGGAGAUACGGAGGGUCAGUCUUCUCCGCGGACAGACUUGAACCCUGUUCUUGAAGACUCAACAUGGGUGGCAGUGCAGGAGGGUGAGUCCGCAUCCUCAGACUGUGGAGGGAUGUCAGACCUACAGGAGCCAAGCUCUGCAUCAGGUGAGGAGGUGGAGGGCAGUGAGACGUCUGAUGCCACAGGGUUAGAGGUCUCACCCAGCAGCAAGGGAUCGUGGGGGGGCACUCUGCAGAAUGGAGAUGGGACAUCGCAGGAGAGUCCACAACAGAAUAGCGACACUCCUGUAACAGGGCAAAUGUUUCCAGAUCCUUUACAGAACCCUUCUCUCUCGCUGUCAGACCAGUUACGGCUGGGUCGGGAUGACCCCAGUAGUAUGGGCCUGAAUGUUGAGUGCCGCAUAUGUGGGGAUAAAGCCUCAGGAUUUCAUUAUGGAGUUCAUGCUUGUGAAGGCUGCAAGGGGUUUUUCAGACGCACCAUUCGUAUGAAGCUGGAGUAUGAGCGGUGUGAGCGUGCCUGUAAAGUCCAGAAAAAGAGCCGGAACAAAUGCCAGUACUGUCGCUUCCAGAAGUGCCUGGCAUUGGGCAUGUCACAUGAUGCGAUCAGGUACGGACGUAUGCCGGAGGCGGAGAAAAAGAAGCUGGUGGCUGGGCUCCUCGCUGGGGAGAAACAGCAGAACUCUAGUGGAGCUGACCUCAAAACGCUGGCCAAGCAUGUCAACACAUCCUACCUGAGGAACCUCAAUAUGACCAAGAAAAAAGCACGGAGCAUCCUCACGGGCAAGACGAGUUGCACAUCGGUAUGUGCUCCGCUUUCACCUUUUGUGAUCCAUGAUAUGGACUCACUUUGGCAGGCAGAAAACGGGCUGGUCUGGAAUCAGCUUAAUGGAGCACCACCCAACAAAGAGAUCGGGGUCCAUGUCUUCUACCGCUGCCAGUGCACUACAGUUGAAACUGUGCGAGAGCUCACAGAGUUUGCCAAAAACAUCCCUGGCUUUGUGGAUCUCUUCCUUAAUGAUCAGGUAACGCUGUUAAAAUAUGGAGUACAUGAGGCCAUAUUUGCAAUGCUCCCAUCGCUCAUGAAUAAAGACGGGCUUCUGGUGGCCAAUGGGAAGGGCUUUGUGACGAGAGAGUUCCUGCGUAGUCUACGCAAACCUUUCAGUGAGAUCAUGGAGCCCAAAUUUGAGUUUGCGGUAAAAUUUAAUGCUCUGGAGCUGGAUGACAGUGACCUAGCUCUGUUCGUGGCAGCCAUAAUACUGUGCGGAGAUCGUCCCGGGCUGAUGAACGUGAAGCAGGUGGAACAGAUCCAGGAUGGCAUCCUGCAAGCUCUGGACCAACAUCUUCAAGCGCACCACCCUGACUCUCUUCAUCUCUUCCCCAAACUGCUCCAGAAGAUGGCCGACCUCAGACAGCUGGUCACAGAGAACGCCCAACUUGUUCAGAUGAUCAAAAAGACUGAAUCUGAGACCUCCCUCCACCCGCUUUUACAGGAGAUCUAUAAAGACAUGUACUGACAUGCAAGGACCUGACUGAAGAAUGGACUUCAGAUUCCCUCCUGAACAGAGAGAGUGCAUCUUAAUGGCGCUGCGGUGCUGUUUGUUUUAUAAAAUGAAUUUUUGUAAAGGACUUUUACAAUUGUUGACUUUGAAUACUGACAUUUUUCUCUGAUUUUUGCGGAGUGUUUUUUUUUUAAUUUAAACUCAAGGACGCAGAACAUGUAGUUACCGUUUACUACUACUACUACUACUACUACUACUACUACUACCGUCAUGUUAUUCUUCAUUCGCUUGAUGAGGGCUAACACCUUUACAAGUUGUCUUUUCUAUCAUGGUUUUGGUUUGCAAGUGAUAUCUAGUAUGCUUCUUUGAGGAGAUCAGAGCACAGUCAAGCUCCUGUAAUGCCACUUAAUGUAUGUGUUUGUAGGGCUUUUAUUUUGUAGUUCUUCUUUCCUCCUGAUUCUGUUUGAUUAGGUACUUUUACUAAAGUAAAAGCUAGACUCCACACAAAACUGUACAGCAAACAGUUAUAUUAUUUUGGAAUUAUGUUACUUUGUUGAGGGUGUUGUUUUUAGCAUCAGCUGCUACAAAUAUAUAUAUUGUUAUUGAAACUGAAGACAAUUCUGUUUAAUAAUUCACUCUUUGGGGAAAACCUAUGACAGUCUGAUAAUUUCAGCUGUUUGCAAGGAAAUGUUUGUUCACAUGAUAGGUUUAUAAUAAUUAUUCUGUACUGAUCUUUAAGAUCUGGUACCCAGAUGGUACUUGUAUUUUAGCAUACUGUCCGGUACCAGUCUUAAAGUCAUAUUUACUGAUAUGAGAAAAGACAUCACUAAGAUCUCAUUGUCUCUUUAAUAAGCAGUUUUAUUAAAUUAGGUCUUCCAUUAUAUGCUGAUUGAACACACACACACACACACACACACAUAUAUAUGAUUGAAAGCAAGCUGGCUAUGGUUACAUCCAAACUAGAAUAUUAUGGUCAAGUUGAUUUAUAGUACAUAUCUAAACUUAAAUACAGUCUUUCAAUCAGAUGCAUUAAUUAAUUAAUUACUGAAUAAUCAGGUCAUGAUAGUUGUUUGUAUCAGGAUGGAAUGGAUUUUGAGUAAAUACUUGCAUUGUCUUUUAUUGAAGUAACUUGGACACUUCUAAGUUUAAAUGGGGUCUUGUUAAAAACAUUGCUGAAUUAUUUGGGAAUUCAGAGUACACGCAUUAAAAAGCGCUUUUGAUGCUGAAUUACAUUAAUUGGUAUAAUUAUGAUGUGCAACACAUCUACCAUUUCACAUCUAGAAGUCUCAGAGAUAUCUGAGAUUGUCUCUUAUGGCUGAAAUGUGCUUUUCUGAUCUGUUUAUUCAAGACGGUCUGUGAGGAAACUGUCAUGUAGAAACCUGUUACUGUGAAACUAGAGAGCACAAAAAUAUGAAAUGAUUCAAAAAAAUUUUUUUGCUUAUUUUAAAAAUACUUUUUUUGUCAUCUAUUUUCACACCACAUGUUCAACAAUAUAGUUCAACCUUUCCAGUGUGGCCUAUCUAAGCAAUGUCUUGCUUCACUGACAAGAUGCACAAGUGUAAUGAUUUGUGGGAUAUUAUUUGGAUCACAGUAAAACAAUUCCAGACA